AUGGAGGAAUGUGAGAGUCUGGACUCAGAAAUGACAGAAUUACAGGAGUUUCAAAGCGAAGCUCCAGGGGCCGUUGGCCAAGACGAUGAAGACGAGGUGGAAGAGCUGCGAAACAGUCUGCGAGAAGUAGUCCAGGACCAGUCAGUGAGGCCCAAACUCCAGUGCCUCAUGGUGGAUCCCUCUUUCUCCAUGGUAACAGUCCAGAGUGAGGACAGUGGUAUUGUUUGGGAGACAGCCUCUAGCCGCUGCUCUACUCCGUGGGCCUCUGAGACUAGCUCCAUUUCUGAAGCCUACAGCAUGGAAGGCUCUGGAGCCCAGGGUAAAAUCACCAUCAUCUUUGAUGAGGAUAAGGUCGUCCGCAGGAGGACGAGGUCUGGAGGAAGGAGCAGCAGGCUGGGGGACAGGCUGAGCCGACCUGGCAGCUCAAGAUCGGGCUCGGCUCUUGGAGUGGAGAGACCCGAGAUGGCAGAGGUUUCAAUUCCCAAUGUUAAACAGGAGAAAACAGAAACAGGGCCAGACUUGGAGGAGAUCAAAGACAAAGAUCAACAGCUGUUUAGUUUGAUUUCAGAGGGUUAUGAGAUUCUCAACAUCAGAGUCCCAUCCAAACUGCCCACGGUUGAUGAGGAGGAGAGCACAGAGCUGCAGGACAACUUAUCUUAUCUAGACCAGACUCCUGGGAUCAGGUCCAGAAAUCACCAAGGUUUGGCAAAACCACAGAAUCAUGUCCUGCCAGGAGAGAUGGAGGUGGAAAUACUGGAGCACAAAGAGGGCUCAAAGCAGGACUCCUCUCAGCCCUUGGCAGUCACAGAGGUCGGACACACAGAUGCUCAGAAAGAUGGCACCACUGACAUGGACUACUUUGAGAAGUUUACCCUGGUGGAUGAGGUAACUCCUGGGGAACAAGCUCCAGAGCUACAGGACGAGGUGAAACAGCCUGUGCCAAAGCCUCAGGUAGAAGAGCAAAAACCUGUGAAGGAGACAGUCACAGACAGCCCCCAUACAUCAGAAGACUCUUUUGUCUUUGUCACAGAUGUGGAGAUAGCUGGGGAGCAUCUGGAUGAGGUUUUCUAUGGAAAUGGGGUUCACGGGGCCCCUGAUGAUGCCCAGCAGCACAAAGAGGAGGAUGAGGAAGAGGAGGAAGCAGGGAAGAGAGUGAGAAGAGAGAGCCAGAGAUCUCUGAAGGAGAGUGGUUCAGUGUUGUUUGGUAGUGAAGAGACCAUCCUCACCCCCAUCUUUCUCUCCUCUGGGCCCCCAAAGAUCAUUGACCCCAUCCUGUUGGAGGAGCCCACUGCCAUGUCCUUCAUGUACUCUGACCUGUAUGAGGAUGCUGUGGGGGAGAGGAGGAAGAGUGAUGAGGAGUACUCUGAGGCAGAGAGCAUGGCAUCUGAGAGAUCAUUUAGGAGACGUUUGUCAGAUCCAGAGGAGCAAGAUGGAUACCUGGAGAUGUUCAUUCUGAAAGAUGAAACUCCCACAGUGGAGGUUCAGCCAGAUUCAGAGGAGGACAAGACAGAGGGUAGGAUGAUGUGGUCACAGAGCAAGUUUGAAAUGACAGGAUGUCUAACAAGAGUGGUAGAAGAGGAGGAAGAAGAAAAGGAGGAAGAGGGGAUGAAAAAGAAGGAAUUAACACCACAGGAGGUCAGUGAUGUAGAGAUGAGUGUACAUGCGCAGUCAGCAAAGAUAAAGGUGAAAGAAAAAACUGUCAUUGAAACAGAUAAGAAAAAGGAGGAAAAACAUCCCACCAUGGCAAGUGACCAGCAGGAUGUUCUGAUCAGAAGACCCUCAGAAGAGUCAAUGCAAGCGUCUAAGCCACAAGACAAAGUAAAGAAACAGCAGACUAAGUCUUGUGGGAGUGACUGUGAUGAGCAAGUCAGUGUACCUGAAAUGCAACACAUGGAUAUUAAAAUAGAAAAGACACAGAGGGAAAAGCAUCAUCAGAGAGAACAACCAGCAGCAAAGAUGUGUGAGCCUGGCAUUACUGAAACACAACAGCCAUCUCAGACAGAAAGCAUCAUGGAAAAAACAGCUGAGGUGGUUGUAAAGGCCACGGAGGAGAGACCAGCAGAAGUGAAAGCACCUAUAACCAGUGAGGUGCCUAAAAUAGACGCUGUUGAAGAUACACAUAAAGUGGAAGUAAAAGACACUGAGAAGAAUUUGUCUGAGGAGUCAGCUCUUAACUCUGAGAUAGUAGCUACCAAUCAGAAAGUAGAGAAGGUAAAUGUCAUGGUCUUGGCCAAAGCAGAGCUCCCAGCCAAAAUGAAAGAUCCUGAAACCGUAAGACAAGAAAUGGCUAUCUGUAUUGAACCUUCAGUUAGAACUGAGAUAUCAGCUGAAGGCCUGGUCAGUGGUAAAACAGAAGUAGAUAUGCCAGAAAAAGCUGUUGUGAUUGCCACUGAUUGUGAGCCUGCAGUCCAAGCAGUAGCAGAGGUAAUGGAAGAAGAAGUAGCAGAGUUUCAAGUAAAGAUUGCUUCUCAGGGGGUGACUAACGCUGAGACACCGAAGGUUCAAACGGAGGUCCCAGAGGAAGAAAAAGGACAGGAAGUUCUCAUAGAGGAAAUAGUGGUAGACAGUCCAUUACCACAAAGUAUGACUGAAGCUGUCGAUGCUGGUCAGGAAUCAGAGGUUAAAACUGAGAUUUUACCCAAAAUAUUGGAACCUGUGAUGCCAGAGAAAACUGAGCCAGAUGCAGAUAAGAAACAGCUUGAAGUCCGCGGUUCUGAUCAGAGUCAACAAAAAGAAUCAGUAAGUGAGAAAGAAGCAGGUACAGACGAACUGACAGCUGAAAUUAAAGCUAAAACUGACUCUGAGGCUGUUGUUCAGCAGACAGUCAAUGAGGGUGGUGAGUUAAUCGUCCUAGUUCCCAAGGGACAAGCUGUAGAGAUGGACAUAGAGAUAGGUAUAGAGGAGGCAGAGGAAGAGGAGCAAAAGAUUGAGAGGGACUUUGAGGAAGAUGAGGGAGUCUUCUCCCGUCUCCGGAGCUUUACUCCCCAGGAGGACUUGUCCGAGGUUGCAGAGCAUCCAGAGGUGACUGCUGAGGAGCUCGAGUAUGAGAUAAUAUCCAAACAGGAGGCCAGAGAGAUUUCAGAGCCGGAGCGAGCUGCAGAAGAGCCUCUACCAGAGUCUGUGCUGGACCUGCCUUCAGGGGAAGAGCUCAUUGAGGCUGAUUAUGAUAUUAUUGAUGCUGAGGAGGAGAUCCAGGCCCGAGCAGCUGCUGAGCUCCAGGGGAUGGACUGGUUCUGUGUCACCUGUGGGUGUCUGUUGUCAGAGGAGGACUGCAUGUCUGGACAGCACCAGGAGCAUGAGGUGACCUCUGUGGACAGUGCCUAUGAGGACAUCAAGGAGAAGCUGAGUGAAUGGAUCUCAGAGCUGCAGGGGAGGUCGGAGAACAUUGAGGACCUGGUGUCUGAGCUGGAGCUGGCUUACAAUUCUGUAGAGGACCAGUGUGCUGAGAGAGAAGAGGCCAUGCAGGCCCAGAAUGAGGAGAUGAUGGCCAAGGUGAUGGAUCAGUACAACAGCAUGUCGCUCAGCAUGGAGGAGGAGAAGAAGGCCAAGCUGGAGCAGCUCUAUGACCAGAUUGUCUCCUUCCAGGAGAGCAUUGACUCUGCCAAGGGCACUCUGGAGACCACGGCCAGAGAGGCUGAGACAGACGCUCGGUCACCUGAAGAUAUUGAUGCAAGGCUCAAAGCAGCUCUGGAGUCAGCCAUGUCACUGGAGCUGGGUCCCAGGGGAUUGCUGGUUUUCGAGGACUAUGCCAAGGGCAACACUUCCAACUCACACCUUGCACAACGCGAGGGAAUCCCCGUGCCCCAGAAGCCCACACUGCAGGCCCAGGAGCAAGGCUCAGCCACCACCACCAGUGUCACGGUCUACUGGAGAGUCAACCCUGGAGAUAUCAUAGACUGCUUCCAGGUCUACUGCAUGGAGGAUCCACAAGGAGCAGUGUCAGAGGAGUAUCGUGUGACAGUGAAGGAGAGCUACUGCGUCCUGGAGGAGCUGGAGCCUGACAAGACAUACAAGGUCUGGGUGAUGGCUGUCAACUACACCGGCUGCUCUCUGCCCAGCGAGAGACUGGCCUUCAGAACUGCUCCGUCAGUGCCAGUGAUCGAUACGGAGCGCUGUACUGUACUGUGGGACUCGGCCAUGCUGCGGUGGAGCUCUGCCAAACAGACCUCAGCACAGAGUUACACCCUGGAGUACUGCCGCCAGUACGAACUGGAGGGAGAGGGGCUCAGGUCCAUCUCUGGCAUCAAAGGCAGUGAGCAGAAGGUUCUCCUGCAGCCCAAUGAGAACUACCUGUUUUACAUCAAAGCUGUGAAUGAAGCUGGAGCCAGUGAACAGAGCGAGGCUGCACUCAUAUCCACCAAAGGGACGAGGUUCCACCUGCUGAAAUCCUCAGCUCACCCGUGUUUGGAGCUGUCAGAGGACCAGACCACAGUGCACUACUCCCAGGACACACACGACAACACACCACCCACAGAAAAUCAGUGUCCAUCCAUUCUGGGCGAGUUAUUGCCAGCACGAGGGCAUUACUACUGGGAGACCAAAGUGACAGGAAGUCCCGCCUACAGGCUGGGAGUGGCAUACAGCUCAGCCAAUAGAAACAGCCCACUGGGCGACAACAACAAGUCGUGGUGUUUGCACUGUAUCCCUACACAAUCCAGUUGUACGUACCAGUUGCUUCAUAACGAUGUUCAGUCUGAUGUGUUUGCGAUGGACCUGCCAGAGCGAGUGGGCACUCUCUUGGACUACCAGCUUGGCCGUCUGUCCUUCUAUAACGCCCAAAGUGGACAGCUGUUAGGAAGCCUCAGCCACUGCUUCACCCAGCCGUGCCACCCUGCUCUGGGCCUGGAGAUGCCAGGCAGCCUGGAGGUCAGCAUGGUGCUGGAGGUGCCAGAGUUCACCAAGUACGGCUGAGUGGACUGUGUAUGCCUUGAUUUCUGUUGAUGGAAGUGCUUUCUGAUGUUUAAAAUGACCACUUUUGCAUUAUCAGUGUGCAGGAAAUAGAAAUGGCCCAUUUCAUACAUCCAUUAUCAACAGAGAGCCCCAUUUAAAAACUUGUCAUCUCUUUUUUUUUUUUUUAUUAUUGAACUAUUUGUUUUUAUAGUUAUGGGAAUGGAAAGGUCUUGUAAAUAUGAAAAACAUAUGUGUGAAAUAUGACUGGACUGAGUUUUAGUGACUUGGACUUUCUUGUUUCUUGUUUUGUUGUUAAGGGAGAAAUGAGAGGUUGUGCAUAUCAUGGCCACAUUGACCAUAAUGUAUGCUGACGGUGUUAUUUUUGUUAACUUUUAAUUAUUAUUUUCCAGUUGUCUCCUGUAUCUCUAUAGCCCCUUAUAGACCCUCAGAGACUGUAAGUCAUGGUUCUGUCUAAAUGCAGACUACGUCAGACACACACUGACUGCAUCAAUGACUCAUAACAGCAGAAAAUUGUUUCUCACCCCAAAGCUUAAAAAUGUUGUUUAUGAAAUAUACUGUAGCACUUUUUGAACUGCAUCUCAUAUUGUGAAUAGGCCACUGUUUUGUGUAAAUAAUAUUUGUAAACAGACAUGAUCAAUUCUGUGUUUUGUUACGUGCGACUCAUGGCAAAUGCAGAUUAACUGUUUUCCCUGUGUUGUAAACAGAUUUUCAGAAAAUUGUUAUUUUUCUAUUUGCACAACUGGACCGAUUAAAA